AUGUCUCUUCCUCGUGCCGACUAUGACCCCCGUCGCGUCUGCCUCAAUCCUUUCCCAGAAUUUACCUUGGGAAAGCACCGUCGUACAGUAGGCGUAUACAUCGCAGGAGCACUGUUCGCUCUUGCCCAAUGGACUUUUCUUGAUGCAGCCAUACUCUCUGCCCAUGCAAAGCCGUCCUGGGGUGGGGACCCUCCAGUGCACGUAACAUUCCUGGACUGGCUUCCAGGUAUCUCGUCGCUGUUGGGCUUCCUCAUCGUCAACGUCAUCGACAAAGACCGUAUCAAGGGCGACCAGGGAUUCGGAGACUCGGGAGCUGUUUGGAGAGCUCGGUUGUUCUUGUUCAUCGGGUUUGCUUUCAUGGCUGGUGGUUUGGCAGGGAGUGUGUGCAUCCUCAUUCUCAAAUAUGUUCUCGGAGACUACCCUCAACAAUUCUCUUACUAUGGAUACGCCAAUGUGUCCCAGAAUGUUGCGAUGAUGCUCGCAGGUGUCGUGCUGUGGAUUGCCCAGAGCUCGGGCGGAGAAUACGAAUACAAUUUGACUCUAUAA